UACUGAUUGAUAUCUGGGAGCGUUCGGUACAGCAAAGUGAAGGAGGUUAGCUAGCUGGCUAAUAUACUGCGUAGACGGCCAAAGACGCAACACAGCACUGGGUUUAUGCUACGAUUUUCAACGUUGACAGUACAAAAAUCAAUUCAAAUUUGAUAGAAUUGGGUCGAUGAAGUCAACUUAUAGCUGCAUCCUUUAGUUAGCUAGCUAACUAACCUCUACCUAUUUGGAAGAAUGAUAGACAGUUAAGCGAGUUAAAUGCAGUUAGCUUUCCAGGUAGCUCGCUAGCUGCUACCUAAUCAGUUUGCAUACAAAGGUCGCUAGAGUACAUGACCAUAGAGCUAAUGCUACUAGCUAGCCAUGCUUCAGCUACAGGGUUGACAAGUAGCCUAUCUACAGUUUUGAUAAACAAAAAUUAUUAUUUUAUUUUUGCUAUAGAGGACAACAGAGCAGAGGUCAACGUUGUUAUAUAGUUAGCAAUAAGGAACAAACCUUCUGCACACAGAACUGCUCCAGGAACAAGAUGAUGAAAAAUUGGGCGGUAAUUGGCGGCAUAGCGGCUGCCGUGGCGGCCGGUGUUUAUGUCCUGUGGGGUCCUAUUACAGAGAGGAAGAAGCGAAAAAAAGGCAUGGUGCCCGGCCUGUUGAAUUUGGGAAACACCUGCUUCAUGAACUCCUUGCUCCAGGGCUUGGCGGCGUGUCCUUCCUUCAUCGAGUGGCUGGACGAGUUCUCGGGCCAGAGGGGCGCGAGUCACGGCCAUGAUGACCAGGAGAGGGACCCCAAACUGUCCAGAACCCUUCUGCAGCUGCUCAGGGCUCUGUCCAGCCAUGACCCUGGAGAGGAGGAUGUCCUUGACGCAGGGUGCCUCUUGGAUGUCCUCAGGCUUCGCAGGUGGCAGAUCAGCUCUUUUGAGGAGCAGGAUGCCCACGAACUCUUUCAUGUCCUCACGUCGUCCUUAGAAGAGGAGCGGGAUCGUUUGCCCAGGGUCACCCACCUGUUCGACAUGCAGUCCCUGGAGAGUCCCCAAGAGUCCGGCGAGAAGAACUUGAGCUGUAGAAGUCGAGGCCCUCUUCACCCUAUCACUAGCACAUGGAAGUCCCAGCAUCCUUUCCACGGACGACUGACAAGUAACAUGAUAUGCAAGCGCUGUGAACAGCAGAGUCCAGUGCGGUACGAUUCCUUUGACAGUCUUUCACUAUCCAUCCCGUCUGCACCAUGGGGCCGACCUGUUACUCUGGACCACUGUCUCCAGCAUUUCAUUUCCUCUGAGACCAUCAAGGAAGUGGAGUGUGAGAACUGUACAAAGAUCCAGGCGGCGGGUGCACUGAAUGGGGAGUUCAUACCAAACCAGAGGACGACCUUCAUUAAACAGCUUAAACUGGGCAAGCUUCCCCAGUGCCUGUGCAUACACCUGCAGAGACUGACGUGGUCGAGCGAGGGCACCCCCAUUAAGAGGCAGGAGCAUGUGCAGUUCACAGAGUACCUGUCCCUGGACUACUACAAGCACCGCCUGUCCAGCCGGGGGUCCCAGGAGUUCAGCGGGGUGCCCAAACCUGCCAGAGCUGAGGCUCAUGGGAAGACCCCUCCCAACGGCGCAGGCGCAGAACACUGCAGCAACAACAACAAGCCGUUGUCGAACGGAGCCUGCCCGUCCGUCCUCUUCCACACACCUGUGCUGGGCCUCCAGGUCUCCUCAGCCCACGACCACAGCUCCUCCACCUAUCUCUUCCGGCUUACCGCCAUCCUGGUACACCACGGCGACAUGCACUCCGGACACUUCGUCACGUACCGCCGCUCCCCGGCCCCGCCGCGAGGCCCCUCCCCCUUCAGCGCCCAGUGGCUGUGGGUGUCGGACGACGCGGUGCGCCGGGCCAGCCUGCAGGAGGCGCUGUCGUCCAACGCCUACCUGCUCUUCUACGAGAGGGUACGGCGGCCCAGCUUCAGACUGGAGGAGUGACGGGGCGGGGUUAACGAUGGGCCCCGCCCCCCAAACCCCGCGUCACCUUCUGCCCGCGUACGUGCCACACAGACUUUCCUCGAGACUCCUCCCACCACCGUGCAGUGCUCCAAUCAAAUCAUUGCCCCUUUUAUGGCUUUCCAUUGACCUCCAAAGAGGGGGAGGAGCCCAAACGUAAAAUGUCCUUUUAUGGUCGUCAUAGGCCACUGACUCGCUCACUUCCUCCUUUUAUUUGCUCCCAACCACCCCCCCCCCCCCAUCUGAACUCCCUAUGAGACAGAGCCUGUCAGUGAAUCGGCGUGUGCUGUCAGGGGUCAGGGGUCAAAGGUCAGAUAAAGCUGUGAAGAGUAGCAUAAGGCAUCACGGUGUGGCAGGAGCAGAGUGAUGGAACCUACAGAAGCCACUGCGGAGCCAAAAUGGGGCCCCGUCCCCAAAAUGGCCGCCCAUCAUCAAUAAAGGCCGGCUUCGGAAGAGCUGGACAGGUGUUGUACAUUGCUCGGAUGCACCUGUUCGUUCUUCUGAAUCAUGGACUCCGAAAAACGACUAAAUGUUCAAAUGGAGCAGGUGAGUGGAACAAAAGUACCUCGUUCUUGUCCGAGAUGGAAAAUGCCUCAUUUUACGUGUUUCUCAGUUGAGAUACCUGUCUAAUGCAUAAAAACCUUUCUUUAUGCUCCUGUGGAAGAGGGUCAUUGGUGGUUCAGGUACUAUGUUACACGGUCUGAAUUGG